UGUAACAUAACCUUAAUAUUUAUAUUGUCAUUUUGGUUUUUAUUUCAGUGUUAGUAAUAUAAUCAAUUUAAAUGUAAAGCAAAAUGUCAUCACCAUCGAAAAUUGAAAAUUUUAAAAACGAUGAAACUCUUAUUGAAGAAAUCGUGAAAGAUAUAAACGAACAAGUUGUUAUCAAUGACACCAGGCAACCAAAUGGGUCUGUUGAAUCCAGCGCUUUCCUCACCAGUCCUGAUGAACAGGUCAGCACAACUGUAGAUUCUUUUGAAGAUGAUAGUAGCAAUUUAUUAGAUGACAAUAUAGAUGAAGAAACUUUAAAAGAUCUAGAGAUAAAGCUAUCUGAUAGUGAAAAGGAGGAUCGACGGAAUAGAGCUAUUGAUCUUAAAAGCAUUGGGAAUCAAAAAUUUAAGGAAGAAAGUUAUGCGGAUUCAAUACAAUUCUAUACAGAUGGAUUAAGGAUAUGUCCAUUGAAAUUUCAAAUAGAUCGAUCAAUGCUCUAUGCAAAUAGGGCAGCAAGUAAAGCAAAAUUAAACAGAAAAUUAUCAGCCAUUGAAGAUUGUUCUAAAGCGAUAGAGUUAAAUGGCAAUUAUGUCAAAGCUUAUUUAAGGAGAGCAAAAUUGUAUGAAGAAACUGAAAAAUUUGAUGAAAGUUUAGAGGAUUACAAAAAAAUUCUAGAAAUAGAUUCAGGAUGUCAGGAGGCAUUAGCAGCACAAGUCCGGCUGCCUCCAAUGAUAAAUGAACGAAAUGAAAAACUGAAAACCGAGAUGUUAGGGAAAUUAAAAGAUCUUGGAAAUGUAAUCUUGAGACCAUUUGGGCUUUCUACAGAUAACUUCCAAUUAACACAGGAUCCAAACAGUGGGAGCUAUUCGAUAAAUUUUAGUCAGGCACCUAGAUAAUUAGUUGAACUAUUAGUAUAAGCCAUUUAAUAAUAACUUUUUUUUUUGAAAAACUUUUAUUAAAUACAUUAUAAAGAUGGUUGCUCUUAAAUACAUAACUUAUUUGGCUUGCUUUUUCUUAA